AUGGGCGCCACCCCAUUCCAUCGAUCCAUCCUCGAAGUCCGGUUGCCAAAGCACUUCGACAAGCCAACGGACAUGAGGUACGAUGGAACCCAGGACCCACUGGAACACCUCACGGCCUUCGAGGCCAAAAUGAAUCUGGAGGGAGUAGGAGACGAGGUAAGGUGCCGCGCCUUCCCGAUCACGCUUGCAGGACCUACGAUACGGUGGUUCAAUAGCCUCCCGCAGGGCUCAGUGACCGGCUUCUCUGACAUUAGCCGUGCCUUCCUGGCACAAUUCACCACCAGAAUUGCGAAGGCAAAACACCCAAUCAAUCUUUUCGACGUGACUCAACGCACCGGGGAGACGACCAGGAAGUAUUUAGACCGGUUCAACGACGAAUGCCUGGAAAUCAAGGGAUUAACCGAUUCAGUGGCCAGCCUUUGUCUGACGAACGGCUUCCUUAAUGAGGACUUCCGAAAAUACCUCACCACAAAGCCGGUCUGGACGAUGCACGAGAUCCAAACCGUAGCCAAGGAAUACAUAAAUGAUGAGGAAGUCAGCCAAGUUGUGGCUGCCAACAAACGGCAGCCCUUCUACAAUCAACCCAGGCAACCCGGUAACGGAGAAAGGCAGAAGGAGCAUACCAGAGACGAGGCCCCGAGCAAGGCACCCAGACCGUUUUCCCGGGUCAGAAAAUUCACCAACUACACCCCACUCACCCUCCCCAUCAUGGAAGACUGCUUCGACCUGAAGGACGCCCUAGAACAGGCGAUCAGGGAUGGCAAACUGACCGAAUUCUCCCACCUUAUCAGGGAACUGAGGAGACGACAUCGCGACCAUGAUAAAGAAGGCAAGACCCGAUCGGCAAAACGGCGACAAGAGCCAGAGGACAAUGACCACGGCCUCACCAUAAUAAACGUGGUGACCGCCAGAAAUGCAGCGCCAAAGUCGAGAUCAGCGCACAAGAAAGACGCCAAAGUCCUGGCAGUCUCCUCUUCGUCGGCGCGAAGUUCCAAGAGGCCUCCAACCAUCUCUUUCGGCCCAAAAGAUCAAUGGUUCGAUGAGGUUUCUGAGAGCCCACCCAUGGUCAUCACGGCCAGGGUGGGAACCGGCCUCGUCAAACGAAUCCUUGUGGAUACAGGGGCAGACUCGAACAUUAUGUUUCGCAACGUGUUUGAUGCACUGGGAUUAUGGGACACCGACCUAACGACUCACCAGCACAGUGUCGUAGGGCUAGGCGACCACUUUAUCAAGCCAGACGGGGUAAUAUCUCUACCGGUCUCCGUGGGACAGGGACAAGGGCGAAGGUCAAUAAUGGCCGAGUUCGUGGUUCUGUGGGACUCCACUACCUACAACAUCAUCCUGGGGAGGAAAAUGAUUAACGAUGUUGAGGCGGUAAUCAACACGAGGCUGCUGGUAAUGAAGUUUGUUACUGAUGACGGAUCCGUAGGAUCCAUAAGAGGAGAUCUAGAAAUGGUAGUCGCUUGCGACAGCGCCAGCCUCUCCUUGAGGAAGAAAUCUAAGGAAGCGUCUGGAGUGUUCCUUGCUGACCUAGACGCCAGAGUUGACGAUAAGCCGAGACCAGAACCAGAGGGAGACCUGGAAAAGUUUAGGGUCGGCGACACGGAGGAAAAAUUCACGUUUGUUAAUAGAAACCUCCCGCAUAAAUUGAAAGAGCCUCUAGUAGAAAUGAUAAGGGCUAAUGGAGAUCUAUUCGCCUGGACACCAGCCGAUAUGCCAGGGAUAGACCCCUAA